UAACCGAUUUCUGGAAAGAUAGAAGUCAACAUUUAUAUUUUCUUCUUCAUAUCCCAAUUUCAAGUUCUUGAAUCAUAAUGGAGUGGUCUCCUCAAAAUGCCAUGAAAGCUUAUUUGGACACACUUCAGCUGUGCAAGACAGGAAGCAAUAAUGAAAAUAACCCUUCAAAUGGAAGCGAAACCCUAAUUGAACCAAAAUGCAUGGAAUUCAUCUCAGCAUUAGCAGCUGGAAAAAAAGCAAAAUUAAUGGUGGAGAUAACAACAGAAGGCGUAACACCAUUAACGAUGGCUCUAGCAGUAGCAGCAAAGCACACAGGAGGGAAACUGAUUUGCUUUCUUAUUCACCAUCAAGAUUUCAAGAAAUGCAAAAACCAUAUUCAAAAUAAUCAUCAAGAUCUUGAAAAUGUGAUUGAAUUUGUUUUUGGAAAUAUUUUCCAAGUGGUCAUGCAUUACAAGAACAUAGAUUUUCUUGUUAUGGAUGGAAGAUUAGAGGAUAAUUUCAAAUUGAUUGAAAAAAUUAAUCUUAAUCCUAGUGGGUCUAUAAUUGUAAGGCAUAAUUUGCAUUACAGAAAAUGUGGAGUUCCUUUGGGUAAUGUUUUGAAUGGCAGAAAAGGAGUUAAGUGUGUGACUUUACCUAUUGGAGAUGGAGUGGAGUUGACAAGAAUUGAAUCUAAGAACAAGAUCAGUAGAAGACACAAGAGAUUUCAUGUGACUUUUGACAAUUAACCCUUUUUUGUAUAUAAUAUUAGAGAUAUUUAGAAUUAAUUAACAAGCAAACGAUUGUAAAUUCAAUAAUUUAUGAAAUAAGAUGGAGCAUUUACAUAAUUA